AUGGUCUCGGCAAAAGUGAUGAAGAGUCCGAGAAAAAUCACACCACACGCUCAAAAUCAAAAUCUUGAUGAAUUUACUAAUUUUAUAGAGCCAUCAUGUGUGAAUUGUAUUGGAAACAAGAAAGUGUGGUGUGCUUUGGAACAAUUUUGUGCAUCCUCUGUGGAGGAGUGCAUAUCGAGACAACCCUUCAAUGUGACUUGGUUUGUUUCGCACGAUGUACCCGAUGCUGGGUUUCAAAACGUUGAGGCAAUUCCAGAACAUUGUCAACGAGGAAUUAUUACUCAAGUGCAAGAUUGUCCUUCAUUUAGAGUUGAGGUAUUGAGGUCAUCUGAAAAGGUUCUACGAAAUUUCGUCGUCCCCAUGACACAACAACCCAUUGUGGGCUUGUUAUCAAGCAAGCAAGAUCCAUUCCAAUAUGUGUACGAUUUAUAUGACUCCUCCAAGCGCAAUUUUGCAGUAGGCGCAUUCUAUGUAUCGACGUUGCAAUCGAGAAGUGACGGAAAUCCAGAAAUCAGCAAAAAACCUGGAUUGUUCUUUUCAUACAAUUUUCAUACCGACCAUAAAACAUUGAUCAAGUAUCAAGAUGACAGUAACACGGAGCAAUCAUUCAAUCAAUACCGUUUAAUCAAAUUUGCAGAUAUUUCUACUGCUGUGCAAGAGCCAAAUCGAUAUUAUAGAAUUGGAUUUUCUGUGAUUAGAAGAGUUGAAAAUAUUAAUGACACGUCAAAAUCAGCCUCCUCAUACUCCUAUCAAUGUUCAUUUAACACGACCACUUAUGACGUGUAUAUCGAUCCGGAUUACAAAUUUUCAUUCUCCGGUCCCCAUGUUUUUGUUGGAUUGCCACUUGUGAUUCUUUGCAUCAUUAUUCUCUCAAUUCCAUCAUUGUGCUGCGUCAACAAAUUUGCAAUCACAAAACAUAAUAGAGGCCUUUUACUUGUUGAUGAAGCAGAAGAUCACUACUAUGAUGAUAUUCAUGCAGAAUUUUCAGCAAUAGGAAAAGACAAAGACGACUACAAGAAGAAAAAGAAGGAGUAUGAAGAUUUUCUAAUUUAUAAACACAGAAGAAACUUCUUUGGAGAAACACCUUUUAAAAAACCCGUCAAUCAUCGUGAGACCAAUUCCUUUUCAAACGAUGAAGAGGUUGCCGAUGAAGAGAAAUUCACAGACCUAAAGAGUAGAUUACAACAUGCCUCUCGAUUCUACAAUCCGCUUACCAUUCUCAAAUCCAUAUUUUUCGCAUCUGACACGCAACUAGUUCAGCAAUGUGGAACGGAUGUAUAUUAUUACUUGUGGUUCAGCAAGUAUUUAAUAAUUUAUUUAUUUGUUUGUGGAGUAAUUGCAUGUGGAUUCCUGUUGCCAACCUAUCUAUCCACUACCGAUAAUAAUGUUUCGUUUGGUGACUUUUCUUCUACUACCAUUGCACAGAUGAACAUUAAGCAGAACGACAAGAUUUAUGUAUUCUUUUUGGUCACAAUCUCAUUUCCAAUCAUUGGCCUCGUUUUUAUCUACGGGCUUCAUCGAUUAAGUCGACAAUUGAUAAAAUCAAGAAACAACAUUGGAAGUUUAUACACUGUUAUGGUAAAUGGAGUAUCAAAGAAUAUCAGAGAUAGAAAACGAAUCUUGGAAGAUUUCAAGCGAAGAUAUGGCGAAAACAAUGUAGUAGAUGCUCAUGUUGCGCUCGAUUUGAAUGAAUUGAGCGAACUAGAUGAGAAAAAAGAAGAAAUUGAAAUUUUGCUAAGAGGUGCUGAAAAACAAUACGAAAAAACAUCUCGUCGUCCAACCAUCAAAAUUCGUGGCUUUUUAGGGAUUUUAGGAUCAAAAGUUGACGCCAUCGAUCAUUACUCAAAGGCUCUUGAUGAAAUCAACAAAAAGAUUCACGACUUGCGGACGAAUCCCUCACGCACGCUUCAUGGAACCGGUUAUGCAUUCGUCACCUUUUCUUCAAUGGAGGCAGCAAAAAAGUGUCUCAAUGAACAUCGUGACAUUCCUUGUUGUUGUGGUUUUUCAAUUCCUUGGUGGUGCUGCAUUCCAGCAGGUUGGCCAUACGGUGGUAUUGAGCGAGCACCAGAAGCGGACGAUAUUUUAUUUGAAAACUUGAAUGUCUCGAGCACCAAUCGUUGGUUCCGAUCGGUAACCUCAUCUUUCAUUAUUACUGUUGUGUUGCUGGUUAUUUACUCGCUCAUGACAACUGUUUCAUGGUACUAUUGGUAUAAGGGUCAGAAUAUUUCACAAAUCAAAGAUUAUGCCGUCCCAUCUGAUUCUAUUAUUGGUGCUGAUACGGCUGCCUUAAUAUUGAUGGCACUGGCAGAUUUACUACCAGAAGUUAUUUCGCUCGCCAACGAAAUUGUCAAACCUAUCAUCGAAGUUUUGACCGAUUUUGAGAGACAUCCAUCAAGAACCUCACGAAGAAAGACUGUAUUAAGGAAAUCCAUGUUUUUCAUUUGUUUAUCGAUUGCUGCAUUUCCAUUCUUUGUGAGAUGGGUGAAGGCCGUUUGGGGAGUUGCAAUGAAUGCUUACUUUCCAUUCAACAAUUAUGCAUACUUUUUCAAUUAUAUUGGUACUGAAGUUGCGACACUUAUUAUGGCAUUAUGUUCUAUUGCCAAGACUCUCGAAUAUUCUUUUAUUUUCAUCGUCAUGAUGAUCAAAUACAGAUUUAGUGACAAUGGAAAUGGAAGAAAGGAAUUGGAACGUCUACCUUUCGAUUACGAUGCGAACAUUGGUGUGAAAACAGCAAUCAUGAUGCUUACUCUUAUUUACGGAAGUGCCGUUCCCUUAAUGUUCCUCUUUGGAUUGUUCUAUUUAAUUGUGACCUAUUUUAUGGACAAGUACCUCAUCAUGUAUUUCUAUGAGAAAGCACCAGAUAGUGAUGGCACGAUUAUGAGAAUCACUGCAGACCAAUUAGUCUACUACCUCUCUGUUUAUCCUAUUUUAUUAAUUUUCAUGAUCCCCACACUCGCAACAUUGUGGUCCACAUGGCUCUUCUAUUUACCAACCAUGUUUAUAUUUUAUUUGAUCGUUCGUUUUGCACGAUCACGAAUGUCCAAGGCAGAAAUGGACAUGUUAGUGGUUUCACUCAAUUCUAGCAAUCAGUUCCAAGAUGACCUCUUGACCUCUCAGGACACUCUCGAAAUGGAAGUGACCGAUACGAAUGUUGACUCUCCUUCUUCACCAAUUCCAGCAUCUGGUAGAGGAUAUACAUCAUUAUCAUCGGUCAACACGACCAAAGUGACUUCAACAUUUUCGUCACUAAUGAGCUUUGUUGCUGGAGAAGAACAAGUUGUAUCUAUUUAUGAUAAGGAAAUUGAGAGAAGAUUAGAAGUGGAUCAAAGAUUUAUUGCAUCCAGGUAUAGACAUCCAUACUUGAGAAAAGAUAAGAGAAAAACUCAACGUGCUAGAAAUAACCAAAACAAAGAGUAA